GCAGAGCCCGUGUGAUUUGUAUACCUCAUACAUUUGGUUACAGGAAAGUUUAAAAAAGAGGCCUAGAGGAUGGUGUGUAGGGCCGCAAGAGGUGCCUGCUGAGGGUGAAAAGUAGAAGAUCCUGCGGUAGCUCCCUGGUAGGUGUGGUGAGCAUGCGCCUGGUGCAGCUUCAUAUAGCACAUGCGGCAGGAUGUCGGCUCUUGUGUGUGACUCUGGGACACAGUGACCGCUGGGUUCUGCACUAUGCAGCUAAACGCAAGUAUGUGACACAGAGAGGGAAUCUGCGCCAGAGGGCGAAGCCAAAGCAGGAACUGGCAGAGACCACAGUUCAUGAAGAGAGAAUUUUACAGGAAGUGAAAUCAGUAUCCCCUGUACUUCCCACACCUGUGACGCCCACUGACCUGUCCGGUGAUGGAGCUGUGCAGGAGCUUCCCGGAGCUUCUACACAGAACAUGCUGCCGAGGGCAUCUCAGGAAGAAAGAGGUUGGAGAGAGAUGAAAGUGGAGGUUUCUGCACUGCCCGGCAUCCUGGCUCGGCUCUCCAAAAUCAAACUAUCAGCCCUGGUGGUUAUUACUGCGUCAGCGGGCUUCGCUAUGGCUCCUGUGCCCUUUGACCCCAGCUGCUUCCUUCUUGCCUCUUUGGGGACAGGUCUGGCCUCGUGUGCUGCCAACUCCAUAAACCAGUUCUUUGAAGUCCCGUUUGACUCCAAUAUGAACAGGACAAAGAACCGGCCUCUGGUACGGGGACAGAUCAGCCCGCUGCUGGCUGUAUCUUAUGCCACAGCCUGUGCCGUGUCGGGGAUUUCCCUCCUGAGCUUUGCGGUAAACCCUCUAACCGGAGCCCUGGGUGCCUUCAAUAUCUUCCUGUACACAUGUUGCUACACACCUAUGAAGAGGCUGAGCAUCUCCAACACGUGGGUUGGGGCCGUUGUGGGAGCUAUUCCACCAGUCAUGGGCUGGACCGCAGCUACUGGAAGUCUGGACACAGGGGCCCUGCUUCUCGGUGCCAUCCUUUAUUCCUGGCAGUUCCCUCACUUCAAUGCCUUGAGUUGGAGCCUACGUGAAGACUAUUCCCGAGGUGGUUACCGUAUGAUGUCUGUCACACAUCCUCUGUUGUGUCGACAGGUAGCUCUGAGACACUGCCUGGCCCUAGUUGGAUUUUCGACCUUAGCACCUCUCCUAGAUGUCACCACAUGGACCUUCCCCAUCAUCUCACUGCCCAUCAAUCUUUAUAUCUCCUACCUUGGUUACCGUUUUUACAGGGACGCUGACCGCUCCAGCUCCAGGAAGCUUUUCUUCUGCAGCCUUUGGCAUUUACCUACACUGCUCCUGCUAAUGUUUACAUGCAAAAAGUCAGUUGUUGGGAAGAAAGACAAGGGAACCGCUUCAGAACCCAGCUGAGGCUAGGAGAUGGCCAAACUGGGAGAAUAUUUGGAUCUGAGAAAGGCAAGAUGAUGGCACAUAAUGACAUCAGAGGGAGGCCAUUCAUGCUUUGUGCAGGACACUGGAUACAGAAUAUUCUGCACCAAAGAUCACUAGUUACUGUAAACCAUUUUAUAAAUACUGUAUUCCUCCUGGGGGGUGUAGCCCCUGCAAGAACUGUGUAUGAACAAUCACUCUCUCUACAAAUUAUGAUUCAGGGAUACUUACUAUCAUUAAACCUGUCUUACAAUUGUUCUCUCCAAAUAACUCAUAUGUAAGAAGCUCCUCCAACCAAGAGAAUCAUUCACACUUUAUACAGGGAUGACAUGUGUACAUUAAACUUUUACCUUUAA